GGGCAGAGGGUCUUGCGAAUGGCCCCGCCAGCUACCGGGGCAGAGCUGGUCCAGAGACCGCUGCAGCUCUACCGCUACUCGCUGCGCUGUUGCCUGCAGCUUCCGACCAAGGGCGCCCGGGAGCGUUGCAAACACGCGGUCAGGCAGAGUUGCCGGGUUCACUCGGAUGAAGACAACCCCGAGAGAAUCCAGCAGAUUAUUAAGCGAGCCAUUGAAGAUGCCGAUUGGAUCAUGUGCAAAUAUAAAAACAAAACUGAGAACCCAGCGAGUAAAGCCUUCCUAAAGACAUCUGAAGUUGGGCGAUCUCCCUUCUGGAACUCAGCAGCAGCAGCAGCCGUUCUGGAAUAUUCAUCGGCCUUACUGGCUUGAAAGAGCAAGAAAUCCUGGGGAGG